AUGGCUAAAUGCACCAAGAAGGUUGGAAUCAUUGGUAAACAGAGGACCAGCCAUGGCACCUCCCUCUGGAAAAUGGUGAAGAUAAUUGAAAUAAGCCAACAUGCCAAGUAUACUUACUCCUUCUGUGGCAAAACCAAGAUGACAAGACAAGUUAUGGGGAUCUGGCACUGUGGUUCCUACAUGAAAACAGUAACUGGUGGGGCCUGCAUAUAUAACACUACUUCCACCAUAAAAAUGAAGUCUGCAAUCAGAAGACUGAAGGAAUUGAGAGACCAUCAUUUGAGACAUCAUUAG